UAAACAUCUCGAUUAUUUCAAAAUAUUUAAUGUGAAAUAUUUAUAAGUUUAUAAAUACAAUCUACUUGUAACAGACAUCCCGAUAAUAGUAUUUGUAAUUAACUUUUUACCACUAAUACAUUUAUAAAAAGUAUAUAUUACACAAUAAAACAACAGUCCGUAAAUAUAUUUUUUAAAAUUACUUUGUAUGAUACAAUUAAAGAAGAAAAAGUGGACAGCUCCUACGAGAUGUAGGGUUUUUCCUUCCGCCGAUCUCAAUCCGUGCGGCUCAGUUAUGGAAUCCGAUUUGUAUUUUCUCUUUGGUUAAUUGGAGUGUUGCUUCAUCUGCGUUUCAGUAGCUACUAAGUUUUGUUUUUGUUGGGCAGCUUUGUUUCGUUGUUACACAGGUUUCAACCGGUGAGAUUUGGACUGGAAAGAAGAUCGUACUUCCAUUUGGGCGGCCUAGGUUGGGGUGAACUGUGAACGUGAGUCUCAUAGCGUGAUUUGGUGGCGGCUUUGUGGCAGCAGCAAUGCAGGUACAAAGCUUCGAAAUUGGACUUGGUAAAGGCAAUUUUGGAGAAGCAAGAUGGCUAUAUAAUAGGGGAGGGUAAUGGGGAAGGACUGGUUUUUGAUGAUGAGGGCAGUGAUGAGGAGGGAGAAGGUGCUCAGAUGGCUUUUACGGUGGUUGGUACUCUAAUCACAGACAAAAUGGUGAAGUUUCAGCUUUUCAAGAAAUUGGGGAGCGCAGAUAUUUGUUUACAUUUGUUUACAUUUUGAACAAAACCUGCUAGGAUUACAUGAGAUCAAGCCAGGGGAUUUCCACUUAGGGUCCCAUUGACCAUGACCGGUAUUUGGAUUCAGGUUCAUAAUGUGCCUGAUGGUCUUAUUUAUGACCCUAAAAACAGCACAAAAAAUUGGGAAUUAUCUAGAUAAAUUCGUUCACUUGGAUGAAAAUCAGAUAGAUGGUAGUUGCAGUGUUUAUUUGAGGAUCAAAAUUAGCCUAGAUAUAUGUGAACCUCUGCAGAAAGGGACAAAAAUUCAAAAGGAUAAUAGGGAGUUCUGGGUGGACUUUAAAUAUGAGAAAUUGCCUCGUUUUUGUUUCACUUGUGGGAUUAUUGGACACACAGAGAGAUAUUGUCCAUUGGCAUAUGGGCAAGGGAUAAAGGUUUUGGUUAAACCUUUCGGUCCAGAACUCAGAGCUGGAAGGGGGAGAUUUCGCCCAACAUGGGGUAAAAAUGGGUUGUUUCAGGAAGGGGAUGGGAAUUUAGGUAAAGACAGGAGUCACAGGACGUGCAUGGGAGGUAGGGGGAGGCAGAAUAGCUAUCAAGAUGGAAGAUUUAAUGCAGGAGAGCAACACAUGUUCCCGGGCAAUAGCAAGGAGGAUGCAGGAGACCAGAAGAGAAGGAGGCUUUGGAAGAACUCGUGGAAGAGGUCCAAGAAGGGGAGGAGAUGGAUCUAGAAACUUCAGCUCGGGAGGAUCAGGCCAAGGAGGAAGUUGCAAAGAAUGUUAUGGCGUUGGUCUCCUCAAAAAACGGGGUUGGGGCGGGCGCUGGA